AUGCUGUCCAACGUGAUCACUGCCCAAAAAGCCCCCCACAUCGACAUAGUCGAGGCACCCCUUCCAGCCAUCCGAGCAUCGUCCCGGGUAGCAUUCAUACCCCACGCAGAGACCUGCCGAAACCAAGAAGCCCUCGUUGUCCGUAUUGCAGAGAUCAUCGCCUCAUAUCGCAUCUGCGGGCCCGACGACCGCUACGAGGAUGUAUACAAGCCCCGACUCCUCGAGACCCUGCAGUAUUUCGUCUCGAACAACAAGGAGAUCAACCUGGUGGUCCUCGCAUACCCGUUCAAAAGUCCAAACCGUGAAGAUAAAGUCCUGGGACCGGACCCAGACGUUGGCGAGCGCCUGUCCCUCGAACAUUUGAACUCGCUCGGUGCAAGAAUUACCCAGAUCUACCCAGGAGGCGCUCAAAUCACUAUAGUCAGCGAUGGCUGCUGCUACAAUGAUCUGCUUGGUGUGUCCGAUGAGGUAACAUACCGACCCAUUCGAUCUUCUCAUGGUGCACCCUGCGUGCCCGUCAGCGAGGAGGAAUACGUUUCUCGCAUCGAUGAUCUCAAGGAACGCCUGUUCAGAGGUUGCUCCGGCGAGAAACCCCAAACACUGGAUCACAAUGCCACCCUCACGUAUCGCGGAUACAUCAGGUUCCUGAUGUCUGAUCUGGCAACCUUCUACCAGAAGAAGAAGGUGAGUAAGAGUGCCAUCAAGAAACACUCUGCCGUCGUUGCCCGUGUCAUGAUCGAGCGCGGCCAGGUCUUCUCGGCUCUUGUGGCGGCCGCCUCGCCGCCCCACGUCCGCCUCUCCAUCCACGCGGGUGACAACACGAACAAGCUGUCUGUGGCACUGCUUCCCCAGAAGCGGUUUAGUAACUUCCCUGUUACGCCGUGGCACAACACCCCCUGUCUUGAGGCGAAUCAGGUGUCCGUGAGUCUUGGACGUAAGCCCACAGGUGCCACCGACGGAGCCAUCUCCUAUCGAAUCUGCCACGACGACCUAGGACUGCAGUUUCUGUGCGCAGAUGUCUCGAUGUACGGCGUGAUUGAAAGCGAGCUCCAGACCGAACUCCACCCGCUAUACCCCUUCGGACUGAAGGUUCGUGUCCCGCAGGACCUGCCGAUGACACGAAUGCGGUUGGACCGGGUCGCGGAGCUGGCUCAGGUGCAUUCCCCGAUUUUGUUCGAGGGCCUGGACCCCAUGCAGUAUACCGCCGAGACCGGCAAGGAGUUCCUUCGUGUCGCUGGUCGCGGACUGUCGCUAAGCCUCCUGCAUGAAGGUGUUGCUGCGAGUUCGGCGGCCACGUCUUACUUCGUGCAGAUUCCUGCUGCACGGGAGGAUGGUGAUGCGCUCGUUCCAUUUGUUGAGGCGGCUGCAGCGUUGGAUGAUGUUCGUCUUCGUGUUUUGCAUCGCUGGUAG